CAGAAUCUGGUGCACUGAGCCCCGGUAACGGCGGCAGACCCGGGGUCCUGGUCACCAGAUUGUGAGGGACACGGACUACAAGGUCGCCGGUCCUCAGGCGGCUCCAGGUUGGGCUUUAAAUAAUGGAGAAGUUUGUCGACGAAAGUGCUUUCAUUUAAAGAGUAAAUUAAAGAGACAACACCGUGAACAGCUGAUAAACAAGGCAUUUGUGUCCUGAAGAAGUCACAGAAACAACUGUGAUGUGAGGGGAGAGUAGACACAUAGGAGGAAUCAGACCUGGUGUGAUAUUUUUGUCACAAAAGGCUUGAGGAAGAGAGAAGACACUUUUCCAGAGAAUGAAAGAGUGCAGUGUCAAAAUGGAGACCAGCGUUUCUGAGAUUCAAAUCGAGACUAAGGAUGAGAAGAGACCAGAAGCAGCCAGUCCUCAGAAAGAGAGGCAGGAGAGAAAAACAGCCACACUGUGCUUCAAGAGAAGGAAGAAAGCGAACAAGAAGAAGGCCAAAGCUGGUUCCAAGACUGCUGAGGAGACAAAGAAGCAUGCCCCCGAAGCUGGGGGUUCUGGUCAGCGGCAACCAGCGGGGGCCUGGGCCUCCAUCAAACGCCUUGUGACGCACAGGAACCGGUCCGAGUCUGCAAAGAAGCAGAAGCCAUCUGAGGCUGAAAUGCAGCCUGAGGAUGGAGCGCUUCCUAAGAAGACAAAAUCCAAACUUAAGAUUCCUUGCAUACGAUUCUCAAGAGGGGCAAAGAGAAGUCGUCCUUCCAAACUCACAGAAGAUUCAGGCUACGUCCGAGUCCAGGGAGAGGCAGACGAUUUGGAGAUAAAAGCCCAGAUCCAGCCCGAUGAGCAGGCAACCCAGGCUAAGUCCACCCAGGGCCUACAGGAAGAUGUGAUGGCGCGAGAUGGUAAGGAGGUCCGAGAAUCACACAUAAGCAACAGCGUCAUAUCGGGAGAGCAUGUGAUUGCCAUAGAACUGGAGUUAGAAAAGGAAUCUUCUGCUCUCCGGAUGAGAACUCCAGGGAGUGAAAAGGAGGCUAAAGUGAUUCCGGAAAAGCAGAGUGUUCAGGCACAGCAAGCAAGUGUGCUUGAGAAUUCAGCAGCAGACAGCCCUCAGCCAGUGACUUCUACUGCUCCUCUCUCACCAGCAACCACACAUCAACGCGGUCUGGAAGAACCCAGUGACAGCAUCCGGGAAAGUGCACCAAGUGGAAAAGAUGACCGAAGGAGAAAGACCGCUGCUGAAGAAAAGAAAUCAGGAGAGACUGCGCUGGGCCAGGCAGAGGAGGCUUCUUCAGUCAGCCAGGCAGACAAAAGUGCACUCAGCCAGGCAGAGGAAGCUACUGUGAUCCAGGCACAGAGCCAGGCAAAGGAAGGUAAACUGAGCCAGGCAGAGGAAGCUACAGUGGCCCAGGCAAAGGAAACUGUAUUGAGUCAGGCAGAGGAAGUUAAACUGAACCAGACAGAAGAACCUGCAAUUAGCCAGGCAAAGAAAGCUACAGUAGGACAAGCAAAGGACGCUAUGGUUAGCCAAGCAGAGGAAGCUACAGUUGGUCACACAGAGAAAGCCACCAUGGGUCAGGCAGAGGAAGCCAUAGUUGGUCAGGCAGAGGAAGCUACAGUUGGUCACACAGAGAAAGCCACCAUGGGUCAGGCAGAGAAAGCUACAGUUGGCCACAUAGAGAAAACCACAGUGGGCCAGGCAGAGGAAGCUAUAAUUGCUCAGACAGAGGAAGCUAUAGUUGCUCAGGCAGAGGAAGCUACAGUGGGUCAAGCAGAGGAAGCCACAGUGGGUCAGGCAGAGGAAGCUACAGUUGGUCAGGCAGGGGAAGCUACAGUUAGCCACAUAGAGAAAACCACAGUGGGCCAGGCAGAGGAAGCUAUAAUUGCUCAGGCAGAGGAAGCCACAGUGGGUCAAGCAGAGGAAGCCACAGUGGGUCAAGCAGAGGAAGCUACAGUUGGCCAGGCAGAGGAAGCUACAGUUGGCCAGGCAGAGGAAGCCACAGUGGGUCAAGCAGAGGAAGCUACAGUUGGUCAGGCAGAGGAAGCCACAGUGGGUCAAGCAGAGGAAGCUACAGUUGGCCAGGCAGAGGAAGCUACAGUUGGCCAGGCAGAGGAAGCCACAGUUGGCCAGGCAGAGGAAGCCACAGUUGGCCAAGCAGAGGAACCCAUAGUUGGCCAGGCAGAGGAAACUGUAUUGAGGCAUGCACCAGAUCUGAAAGAAAAUGGAGUUGAUGCAGAGAAACCAAGAUCAGAAGAAAGCAAAAGAAUGGAGCCAAUUGCUAUUAUCAUAACAGACACUGAAAUCAGUGAAUUUGAUGUUAAGAAAUCUAAAAAUGUCCCUAAGCAAUUCCUAAUUUCCAUGGAAAAUGAGCAAGUGGGGGUUUUUGCUAAUGAUAGUGAUUUCGAGGGGAGAACUUCAGAACAGUAUGAAACACUCUUAAUAGAAACAGCUUCUUCUCUCGUCAAGAAUGCUAUCGAGUUGUCUGUAGAACAGCUGGUUAACGAAAUGGUUUCCGAGGAUAAUCAGAUAAAUACGCUGUUCCAGUGACUCCAUUUCCAGGUCACGGGAAGAAAGGAAAAAAAAAACCCUUAAAAGAUGAAUUCUGUUACACAUUUGUGGCACUUCUAUCUCAGUAAUAAAUUAGAGGUAUAUCAUCUGUGGAAUCUAAAGGUACAGUUCCAGCCCAGAAGUGCUAAAGGAUCAAUGAAGGUUGUAAAACUCUGCCAUUGAAACAGAAUCAGUUCUGGACUGGAGGGAGUCGGCACGGAUGACAUUGUGAAGGGAUUUAUGGGGGAGGUGUGGAGAUGGCAGGCGGUAGCCCAGUGCUUUGAGGAGGGAAGACUAUUGAGCCCUGAGUAUGCUCUUAUGGUUCUCUAAUGUCACCAAGUCUGUCACCAUUUCUUUCCAAUGGUUCAACCCUGUGUUAUAGGUGAAUGCUACAUUGACUUUCCUUUUACAGGGUUUUCCCGCUGUCUCUAAUGGUGAAUCAGGUGAGUGGGCCUUUCUAGUCUUGAACAAGUUCUGUACAAAAGCCAUUCACAGGUUCCUUCAGCCAGGCAAAUAGUUAACAAGUGUGUAGUCAUGGACACAGGGAGUGUGUUUUCUCUCCCCAUCGUCCUUCUGCCCACAGACCUGUAUAUACCCAUCUGUGAGUGGACCUAUCUCCUGAGAAGUCAAACGGAUUUUUUAUCCAGGAGGCAAACUUCCCAGAUAGCAAGGGAUUCCCCUUAGCAGAGCUAC